CACAACAAUGUUUGUUGUAGGGACGGUGAGAGCAACGGCAAUGAUACCAUGGGUCCCAUGGACACCAGUCCAAUUCCGUCACGACCGCGAAACAACAUUUGCGAGAAAACGGCGAAGAACAACAAAGACAAUCGAGAUGAAGACAUCGGUAUCCCACAUAUCGUAGGACAGCUUAAUAAUGACCUAUACGCCAUCCCCGUUAAACGUAAAGCGCAAAAGUCGCCAGAAGAAAUCGAAUCGAUCUUCCCGGACAAAGAAAGGAGCGACGAAACCGAUUUACCUCCAGGAUGGGAAAAACACGAAGACAAUGACGGUCCAUAUUACUGGCACAUAAAAAGUGGAACAAUCCAACGUGAGGUGCCAUUAAUACCGGGAACGGAAAAACUGGACACAAAAAAUAGUUUUAGUAAAGAAACGGACAAUAUAAUAUCUAAAUUUGAAACUAGCAUGAUUACAUCUGUUACACGAAGUAGUACGAGUUCAGCGUUAGAUUUAGAAUCGGACGAUAGGAAAAGAAAAGAGGAAUUGGCAUUUAAACGUAGGAGUUACCCCGCACGGCCGGAGCCCGAAUCAAAAGAACGACCAAUUAGAUUUGCUGUUAGAUCUUUGGGCUGGGUCGAAAUUGCGGAGGAAGAUCUAACUCCUGAAAGAAGCAGCAAGGCGGUCAAUAAGUGUAUCGUCGAUCUUUCACUGGGAAGAAAUGAUCUCUUGGACGUUGUCGGGAGAUGGGGCGAUGGCAAGGAUCUUUUUAUGGAUCUCGACGAAGGAGCUUUAAAAUUAAUAGAUCCAGAAAAUUUGACAGUCCUAAACACGCAACCGAUUCAUACCAUUAGGGUGUGGGGAGUUGGAAGGGAUAAUGGCAGGGAGAGGGAUUUUGCGUAUGUGGCGAGAGACCGUAGUACACGAAAACAUAUGUGCCAUGUGUUCAGAUGCGAUAUGCGCCGUACGAUCGCUAAUACUCUUAGAGAUAUCUGUAAAAAAAUUAUGAUCGAACGUAGUUUACAACAAAACCUAGCGAAACCGAUAGAUAUUAAUGGAAGAGGUUUAGCAACGAGGCCUACGAACCUUCCCACUGAACAUAGGCGAUCAAAUAGGAACGGACAAACUUUAAUAACUCAAUCGUUUCCUACUCCAAUGGAAGAACCUAAAAAAGUACUGCGGGCUCAGUACUUAGGCAAUACUCAGGUGACGCAAGCGACGGGAAUGGAAAUACUCAAUGAAGCAAUCGAUAGGAUGGUAUCGUUAGUUCCACAAGAAGAAUGGCAGUCGGUUAAUGUUGCCGUUGCACCUUCCAUGAUUUCUAUUCAGCAACCAAACGAUGAUAAAUUAAUAACCGAAUGCCGGGUUCGAUAUCUGUCAUUCUUAGGAAUUGGUAAAAAUGUUAAACAGUGCGCAUUUAUUAUGCACACCGCGCAAGACAUUUUUAUGGCUCAUGUGUUUCACUGCGAACCAUCCUCAGGUGCUCUAUGUAAAACAGUUGAAGCUGCUUGUAAGUUACGGUACCAGAAGUGUUUGGACGCCCACCCUCAAAGUUUAGAUAGAAGUCAAUCAAAUAUUCAAACGCCAGGUAAAAGCUUCGGUGCAACAUUAAAAUCGAUAGUCGGAUCACUUACAGGGCGAAAAGGCAGAAGUACAGAAUCCUGAGAUGAGGCCCAGUCUCUGCAGGAUUUAUGGCCGUUGCCUGCGGAGCGCGAAAUAAUCAGACAUAGACAUUUACAGUCUCCUCUAACCCUUAAGUAUUUCAGCCUUCCUUCCGCUGAAGUACGAUCGUUGCUCUCUCCGACGCUUGAUGCUAGACGUUUAUAUCUUGCUCGUUGGGAAUCAUCUAGUUAGACAAUUUGUAAUAAUUAAACGAUCAUACUGAAGCUAAUGAAUAUUCCUUGUAUGCGACCUCAAGUCUAACAUUUCCAUGUAGAGCACAGUUUUAUCAAAAUUUUAUUUUUGGACUUCUUGAAACAAUCUAUAGUAACAUCUUGUAGUUAUCCAUUAAACUUUGGUGUUUCAACAUUUUGUCUUCUGUUUAGAAAUUAGUUAAGUCCGAUUACGGAUAAGUAAUUGUAUUCACUUGUAGUAUAUCAAAUUAUAACUGGACGAAAAUUUGUUGUGUUGUAAAAUGGAGUAAUGAUACAUUUAUAGGCAAUAGAAUUAAUAAAAUGUGCUUCAAGAAGCUUACACUGAUUUGUCACGAGUAUUUUGUAUUGUGAUACGAAAUUUUUCUAGUAUUUCCGCAGAUCAUGUUUUUUAAACGUUGAUGUUAAACAUACAUUGUAAAUAGUCUACAGCUGUUAAGACUGCUUAAUUAUAUUAAUAUGACAGAGAUACAAAAUUUUCUUUUUGGAAAAAGAAAAUGUGCUUUAUUGUUUAGAUCUAAGAAUAAUGUCAAAACACCAGCUUUUUUCGGCUAUGCUGUUACCAUUGCACCGAGCAUGCUACACAGUGGUUUGCAGACCAAUUUUAAAUUAAACUUUAUUGUACAUACAUUCUCGUCUAAUUUUAUAAAUAUGUUCGUGAGUGUAAUCGCGUAAAAAUUGUUUAUAGUUGGACUUUUCACAUGUAUGAGUGCAAAUGUUAGUCCGGGAGAAUUUCACUUGUGCAAAAAAAAACAUUCGCUUGGUACAUUUUCAUGUAGGUGGGAACUUCUGAGAGACCAGGGUACUUGAACUUCAAUAUUCCAUCACAAUACAUUCAAGACUAAUUCACCCUUCGGUCAGAAAUAGUAAGAUGUCUCCAUCUACUUGGCUGUCUAGUAAUUACGAACUUUUUCUAGAUCACAAACUGACAACAGUAACAUUUUAAGGUUUAAUUUUCCUAGACUAAUCGGCCGAUUAUAAUUUGCCUCAUUAACACGAUAAUGCAAUUGUACUUAAGUGUUUAUAUAGGAAAAAAAACAACGGGAGGACAAUAUGAGAAUUUAAAAAUAAACUGGACUAUCAAAAAGAAAUUUAAAUAGUUGAAUGCGGUUAUGAGAGAAAGUUGCACAUUUAAGAAAAUUUCUUAUAUUUUUACGUAUUGAAUGUUUGCUUACGAUUGUAGAUUACAAAUCUCUUGAAGGGAGGCAGUUCCGUUGAUAGACUCGCACUGAUUACUUGUGCAUUUCUACUUCACGUAAGGCUGCACUUUGAUUGCGGCGGGUGUUAUAUGAUAGAUUCUUUAUUAAAUAUGUUGUGAUGUCUGUGCAGCUUUGUUUGCAAUUUAACUUUGCAAGUAAACUGCAUACUUUGCAAUUAAAAUACUGUAAAUAUGCCUUUCAUGUAUGUACUGUAAGUUUUAAAGUAAAUGACGUCAAAUAUAUUUCUUUGUUGAAAACAACAAUAAAAACAAUAUGAAUACAAGACGUAAGUGUCUCCUAUGUUAAAACUUAGUUACCUUUUCUCUUGCCUCAGUGUCUGUAUUUAUGGAGGAAUCGAAACUCUUAUUUAUGUUACACUUCGAUAAGUCACUCAUUUCUGUAAAUUGGUAUUUUUAUAAGACUUAGUGUACUUAGUGAUAUAAUUGUGCAAAAUUUUAAAGUCACUAUUGAUGUAGUGUGCAGGCAAUUGCGAUCGUUUUCUUUGUUGCAGAUUUAAUGCUGAUUAGUUCACGAGGUAACUAAAUUUGCAGGUGCAACCUUUAUUAUUCUGCCACUGGUUACUAUCAAGGCUUGCAGAUCUACUUUGUUACAAAAUUGCCUAAAUAAAGUGCAUAAUCAUUUA